CUGCCGGGCGCCGGGGCCGAGCGGCGGAGCGGAGCGCACCCGGGGCCCGGGGUACGCGGCCCCGCGGCCGGCGGGGCGCUCGCAUGCGUUGUCUGCCCGUCGGCUUAUUUAUCUCUCUUCAACGUCUCUCUGGGGUUUGUGAAAGACCAAUGAAGUUCUAAACCAAACAGACCCCUGCUGUGCGCAUGGUGUACGAAAUCCUGUUGUUCCUAUUUGUGCCUUUGUAGCUGAGGUUCUCCCCCGCGGCUGCUCGGCCUCGCCGCGCAGCAAUGGCUUCAGGAACAGCGCUGAUUUAUGAUGAGGAGAUGACCACUCACAAACUACUUUGGAGUGAUCCCAUUUGUGAUAUUGAAGUGCCAGAAAGACUUUCCUCCUCCUAUGAGCAGCUUAGAAGUUACCAUCUUGUGGAGAGGUGUGUCCCUGUGCCUGCCAGAGAAGGAAGCGAGGAGGAGAUCCUGUUGGUUCACAGUUUAGAGCACUUGGAAGUGGCAAAAAGCACUCAGACAAUGAAUGAAGAGGAGCUGAAAAGGGUCUCCAAAAAUUACGAUGCUUUUUUCUUUCAUCCGAGCACUUACCGCUGUGCCAGGCUAGCAGUAGGAGCAGCGUUGCAGCUGGUAGAUGCUGUGAUGGCAGGAAAAGUGCACAAUGGAAUGGCGUUAGUCAGACCUCCAGGUCACCACAGCCAGAGAAAUGCAGCUAACGGGUUUUGUUUGUUCAACAACGUUGCUAUUGCAGCAGAAUAUGCAAAACUGAAAUAUGGUCUGCAGAGAAUCCUAAUUGUUGACUGGGAUGUGCACCACGGGCAAGGAACUCAAUAUAUAUUUGAAGAAGAUCCAAGUGUUUUGUACUUUUCUUGGCAUCGCUAUGAACAUCAGGAGUUCUGGCCAUCACUCAGAGAAUCCGAUUACGAUGCUGUAGGUCUGGGAAAAGGAAAAGGUUUUAACGUAAAUUUGCCUUGGAAUAAGGUUGGGAUGGGAAAUUCAGAUUAUCUUGCUGCAUUUUUCCAUGUGUUGCUUCCAAUGGCUUUUGAGUUUGAUCCUGAACUGGUUAUUGUCUCCUCUGGAUACGAUUCUGGAAUUGGUGACCCUGAGGGUCAGAUGAAUGCCACUCCUGAGGUUUUUGCCCACCUUACCCAUUUCCUGAUGCAGUUAGCUAAUGGAAAGCUGUGUGUCAUCCUAGAGGGUGGAUACCACUUGAAAUCAUUGGGUGAAUCAGUGUGCAUGACUGUAAAAACUUUGCUUGGAGAUCCUGUACCUCAAAUAACUGGAGAAAUGGCACCUUGUCUAAGUGCUGUUGAAUCUAUUCAAAAUGUGAGAGCAGCUCAUAAACCCUACUGGAAAUGGUUGGCUUAUGAAGAUACAUCAUUUUUACAAAAUUUGAGCACUAAAUCACACUUACUAAAGAAGGCUAAUUCAAAUCCCUCCACAGAAGAUGAAUCUCAGAUAACUAACAACAACAACACUGUCAAAGUAGAAAGGUUUUUGGAAUUGCACAUGAAAAAUAUUCUACUUCCAAUGCCUCCCAUCAAAACAGCAGCAACUGGCUCUGAAGUUUCAGAACAUUUUUUUCCUGAGCAUGUUCAGCUGGUGAAGGAAAUGGACAAAACAGAAAUAAAAGCUCUUGUCAGUGGCUUUUAUGCAGACCUUGUGAAAGAGGAAACUUUGCUCUCUCUUGGCAGUAUGUUUGUGAUCCUAGAUAAAAUACUUAAGAAGGAGGUGUGUAAUGGAAUUGCAGCAUCACCCACAGCUGCUCUUUCUGCUGCUGUUGCACUAAGACAUUCUGUUCGUUUUGGACUUCAAAGAGUGCUUUGUGUAUUUGUUGGAGACAUGCAGAUGAUACCAAACACAGAAGAUGGAAAAAUGCUUGUCAUAAACAUCUGUGAGAAAGAACAGUCUAGAAAGACCAGCUGCAAACACUAUAUUUCUCUAAACUGGAAAGAGGAUGCUGAAGGAAAUGAUUUCUUUUCUGCUGUACUUGGAUUCAUUCUUCCUGUAGCAUAUAGUUAUCAACCAAACCUAACAGUAAUAGCUGUUGGACCAAACAGGAGCCUUGGAAUAAGUGGGAUUUCUCUGCUUGUUGCUUUACUACGAGGAUUAGCUGAGUCUCGAAUUUUUGCUGUGAUUGAGGACACAGAGAUAAGUUUAAUGCAGAGUAUAGCCAAAGCAUUAGUGGGUGCUUCUACACCUCCCUUUGGAAUUUAUGUACCUCCUACCCAAGAAAAAGUAAAUAAAAUAAAAGCAUUGAGGGACCAAUUUCAGCAGGAAUGGAAAAUGCUUCAGUGUUCAGGUCUUCCUUCCCAUGAAGUCAGACACCCAGACUGUACUUGCCAAAACCUGACGGUUUCAUUUGAAAUGGAGAGCAUUACACAGUUGUUCAAUGACUUGUGUGAAGCACACUUGACAGGUUUGCCAUGGAAGGUUCACUUAGGCAGGCAGAAGAUCAGCAAGAGAAGGGCUAAGCAAAAUUUGAAAAGGGUUGCUUAUAAUGCUCUGUUCAUGAACCUUUUUCAAGAUGAGGCUCGUAAGCUGCAAUCAAACGUUUCUAGACUCCCAGUGAAGAACAAAAUUUUGAUGCUGUCUUUCAACUUGAGAGUCGCUGGCCUAGGUGCUCAGGCGGAUAGACUGGAGAAUCUUGUGGAGGAACUGGAAACAGCUGAAUGCUUGCCAUUUACUGAAGUAAAUUCUGUCUUAGAUCUUUUAGUACAGCUUGCUGGAACAGGUCCUCCUCAGCUUGUACCACAAAAAAAGGACUAUUUUCUGAACAACAAAUAUGUUGGGAGGAAUGUCAAAUACCAGGGCUAUGAUUAUUAUGAUGUAAGUGUGUUUGAAGCUGACAUACAGUCUCUGAUAACAAAUGAAGAAUGUCAGUUCAACGACACAAUUCAACAGACGCUUCAGAUAAUGGAGGCUGCACCUGGCACCGGGCUGCCUGCCAUAGGGCUGUUCUCGCAGUGCUGUCCUGCUGGGGACAGGUUUGAGAAGGAAACACGUGUCUCACUCUUCGGUGCUCUUGUCCACAGCCGUACCUAUGAUAUGGACAUCAAGCUGGAUUUACCGCCAGUGCCUGACAAUGCAGAUUUGUCUGGACUUGCAAUUAAAGUUCCCCAAAGUAUAGACCAGUCAGAAGAUGAGGGAUUCCAGUCAGCAUCCAAUCUGACUCCUGAUUCUCAGUCAGAGCCAAGCAUAACUCCAGACAUAGACUUGUGGGAUGCAGUGCUUACAUAUGGACCCAGCAAACGAAGAUGCUGGGAAAGAAUUGGGUACCCACCUGGUAAAAAAGAGGAACCUUAUCUUACUGAAGCUGGGAGAGAAGCUUUUGACAAAUUUUAUAAACUUCGAGAAGGGGAUUUGCAACUGUUUACCAAUACUGUACUUCAGUUCCCUCAGCUUGUGCUAGUGAAAGAACCUGAACUAGUUAAGGAUGUCUUGAAUGUCCUUAUUGGUGUGGUAUCCACUACAUUUUCACUCAAUCAGGCAGCUCAGUCAUUUGUGAUAAAGGAGGGGGUGUAUGUAUCUGGAACAUCACCAGAGACAAUGCAUAACUUGCUCUCGGAAGUUGCAGAGUAUGGAACCUAUUACACACGGCUAAGUCGAUUUUCUCUUCAGCCUGUUUUGGAUUCCUCAUACAGCAAAGGGCUUGUAUUUCAGGCAUUCACAAGUGGACUGAGAAAGUAUCUUCAGUAUUAUCGAGCCUGUGUUUUGUCAACACCUCCUACUUUAAGUCUGCUAACAAUCAGCUUUCUAUUCAGAAAAUUAGGUCGUCAGCUGAGGUAUUUAGCUGAACUGUGUGGCAUAGGAACGACGGCACUGGGGAUCAGUGGUGGAACUGGUGCUUCAUUUCCUACGGGUGUUAAAUUGCUUUCAUAUCUGUACAAAGAGGCUCUCAACAACUGUAGUAAUGAGCAUUAUCCAGUUCUUCUGUCUUUGUUGAAGACAAGCUGUGAACCAUACACAAGAUUUAUCUAUGAUUGGGUAUACAGUGGUGUAUUCAGAGAUGUUUAUGGAGAAUUUAUGAUUCAGGUGAAUGAGGAUUAUCUUUGUUUCAGAGAUAAACAUUACUGGACUCACGGUUAUGUUUUGAUUUCAAAAGAAGUAGAAGACUGUGUUCCUGUAUUUCUUAAACAUAUUGCUAAUGAUGUAUACAUAUGUGGAAAAACUAUAAACUUGCUGAAGUUGUGCUGUCCUAGGCAUUAUAUAUGUUGGUCAGAUAUACCUGUUCCCCGGAUUUCAGUUAUUUUUUCGCUUGAAGAACUGAAAGAAAUAGAGAGAGAUUGUGCAGUGUACGUAGGUCGAAUGGAAAGAAUUGCUCGAUACAGUUCCAUAAGCAAGGAGGAAAAGGAUUUGCGCAUGGAAAUAGCCAAACAAGAAUUAAUUGUUCAUGCUCGGGAAACUGCUAGCAAAGUACUAAAAACCAUUAGUGACAAGCAAAUAUCAGAACGAAUGGCUUUGGAUGCAAAGAAACGGGAACAAUUUCAGAAGCUGAAAGAACAGUUUGCAAAGGACCAAGAGCGUCGUCUUGCGAUAAAGCAGGAGGAGAUUGAUGAUGAUUUCAGCUAUGCCCGAGAGCUCAGAGAGAGAGAAAAAAGACUGAAAGCUUUAGAAGAAGAACUGGAAAAAAAGGCAAGGCAGGAACUAAUUGACCAUUAUAGCAAACUUUCUGAUGAUGCAGCCCGUAGGGAACAAAGAACAUUAUGGAAAAUCCAGCGCCACAAGUUGGAAACAGCCCGUCUUAAGUUUCUGUUAGAAGAUCAAAAACGCACUGAGGAAAUGCUUGAAAAACUUCCAGAUGGAAACUACAGGAGAAAAUUAGAUAUUAUUCCUUAUAAACAGUGCCAGUUGGCUUUGGAUAAAAACCCUGUUGAGAAAGAUCCACCUUCACAAGUGUCUUUUGUGAAACCUCUUCCUUCUAAUGAGACAGUUGGCAGAAAAGAAUCUGAGCCUGAGCAGGGAUGUGCUGCUUCUGCUGACAAAGCACUGCCUGUGCCAGAGCCAGCAAAUAAUAGUGCUGAUGAGCAUUUUCAGCCUAAAGCAACAGAAUCUGAAAGCAAUCUCCAAAAUUCAGAGAAAGCAUGCACUUCUCUAUACAGUGCUGAGUCCUUGCCUGAAUCCAAUGUGAAUAUAGAAGAUUUCUUAUCAAAGUCACAAGAUGAACAGUCUGUUGCUGUUAGGAUGCAAGGAUCUUUGCUAGAUGAAGCAUUCCAAGAUAUUAACUCAGAUCUUUCUGAGACUUUGCAAGUGAGUGAAAGUCAGCCUGUCUUGAGAGAAGCACCAGAAGAAGACAAUGCACCAUUGCAUCAGCAAAGCGAGUAUGAUUUUAAUACAGUUCUCAGAGCAACUGCAGCUUGGCAGGGACACGUUAGAGUUGGGGAAAAUGUAUUUGAUGUGGAUGACAGAAGGUCUCGGUGGAAUAUUCAUGGACAUGCAUCUGAUGCCAACAUUAGAGUGGGAGAAUAUAUACCUCAAGUGGACACUUACCAGCCACAUUCAAGUCCUUAUGGGCAUUCUUCAGAUUCCCAUAUAAAAAGCGGCAGUUAUACUUCUGAAGUUGAGUCUAGGCGACCUCGAUGGAAUAUUCAUGGGCAUGUUUCUGAAGCUCAUAUUAAAAUUGGGGAAUAUACUUCAGAGACAGAGACCUCAAGGCCUAGGUGGAACAUCCAUGGUCAUGCCUCAGAAGCCAAUAUUAAGAUUGGAGAGUAUGUGUCAAAUGUAGCUCCUACGAGGCCUCGAUGGAGCAGCCAUGGUCACGCAUCUGAUGCCAACAUCAAGAUCGGUGAAAACGUGUCAGAGGUGGCCUCAGCCAGACCUCGUUGGAACAUCCAUGGGCACGCUUCACAGUCACACAUCAAAAUCGGAGAGCUGGUUUCAGAUACAGAGCCUUUGAAAUCCCGUUGGAGCCCGUUCGGACACGCAUCCCAGUCAAGCAUCCAAAUCGGGACGUGGGCCCCACUGACAGAAAAUGAUCCCAUACCUCAUCGUAAAACCAUUUCGGGUUCAUCAUCCGACUCCACAGUUCAGACACUUCUGUACAGUGAAGAGUUACCUCCUGCUGAAGGGAGCAGAAAGGAAGCAAAACCAUCACAAGUUAAGGAAGAGACUUUAUCACAGAUAUCUGACGGUGUUACAGACCUUCCUGAUACUAAUAUUAAAGAUGAUAAAAAGAAAAAUACAAUAGAAAAUAAACAAGAAGUAAUUGCAGAUGUUGUCAAGAAGGACCCUUCUUCAGAUUCCUUGCAGAGCUUACAGAGAGAAGAACCUGAAAAGGCCGUUUCACAAGAUACUGUGUCUCAAGAAACUUUAUCUUCUGAAGCUAAUGCUCCCACAACUAAGGAGAGAGAAGGCGAAGAGGAAGAUACAUGGACGAAAGAACAAGCUUAUUUGAAAGCCUUAUCUGAUCAGUAUUGUAUUGAAAAGUAUCAAGAUAGUUAUGAUUUGAUGUCAGAACCACCAGUUUCUCAUCUCUUGCAUCACGUGAUACCAAGAUCGUACACGUUUCCUGUGGAUCCUGCGGUGCAGUCUGCAACAGAUGAAACUGCUGUACAGCUGAGUGAGCUCUUGUCUCUGCCAGUGCUGAUGAAACGUUCUAUUACUGCUCCACUUGUAUCUCAUGUUUCUCUUGUGAACAAAGCAAUAGUUGAUUACUACUUUGUGGAGCUGAACGUAGAGAAGCAUUUUGAAGCAUUGAGACACUUUUUGUUAAUGGAAGAUGGGGAGUUUGCUCAGUCACUCAGUGACCUGUUGUUUGAGAAGCUUGGAUCAGGACAAACACCUGGUGAAUUGCUGAAUCCACUGGUUCUUAAUUCUAUCCUAAACAAAGCGCUACAGUACAGUCUUCAUGGUGACACCCAGCUUGCUUCCAAUCUUUCUUUUGCCCUCAAGUAUCUCCCAGAAAUGUUCAAGCCCAAUGCACCAGAUGCUCUGAGUUGCUUAGAGCUCAGGUACAAGGUUGACUGGCCUCUGAACAUUGUCAUUACUGAGAGCUGCAUGAAUAAAUACAACAAGAUUUUCUCCUUUUUGCUUCAGCUGAAGCACAUGGUGUGGACUCUCAAAGAUGUUUGGUUUCACUUAAAGCGCACUGCUUUAGUGAGUCGUGCAUCAAAUUCUGUUCAGUUUCGACAGCUCCAGCUGUAUAAACAUGAGAUGCAGCAUUUUGUGAAAGUAAUUCAAGGUUACAUUGCUAAUCAGAUUCUUCACGUUACAUGGUGUGAAUUUGGAAACAAACUGUCUUCUGUGGGCAACCUAGAAGAAAUUCACAGAACACAUGCUGAAUACCUCAACAAAGCAAUCUUCAGGGGUCUGCUGACAGAGAAGGCAGCCCCUGUGAUGAACAUCAUACAUAGCAUCUUCAGCCUUAUUCUGAAGUUCCGCAGCCAGCUCAUCUCUCAGUCAUGGAGCUUCGAUGCAGGGAAGCAAAUGGCUGUUCAUCCCAAUUUUGGUCUGAUGCAGCAGUCGUACAAUACCUUCAAGUAUUACUCCCAUUUCUUAUUCAAAGUGGUAACAAAGCUUGUAAAUAGAGGAUACCAACCACAUUUGGAGGACUUCCUGCUGCGAAUUAACUUUAAUAACUACUACAAGGAUAACUGAACUCUACAGAGUAAGGAUCACUGAUAACACAGUAAAACAGAAACUAUAUGUAUAUGCUUAUGAUUUAUAGAAGCUUAUGCAAAUGCCAUGCAGGAGGCAUUUUUCUUCAUAAAAUGAAGAGAAAUAAUCUGCUGUCUAAAAGCUUCAAGAGUAUAACCACCAUAUACAGAGUAUGAUGAUGCUUAAAAUCCACUAAACCUGCCAGUUGUUUGAUCUGCUAAAUAUCGAUACUGUCAUUAUUGCAGGGAUAGCAGAGCUGAGUGGCUGGUCUUUGCACAGGAGAGAGUGCACAACUGUAUAUCUGUGAAUGUGUAAAUGUAUUUUCAGUGGUGUGAAUUUCCUUCAGUGUAAAUACAUGUAUGUGAAAUAAAUUAACAGAUACUUUCUAAAGCUGUCGAGAGAUGGGUAUGAGUUACAAAUGUUCCCACAGAUAUUAGUACCUGUUAUUUGAUGUGGUUUAUUUUUGAACUGAUAUUAAUUGUUAAUCUAAAUGUAACUAAUUUCUUGAAGACUGUUAGUCACAGUGGAAGAGGACAUGAUGUGCCAAGGUGGUCUUUUAGGAGAUACAAUAUUUGACUAUUCAAGCACUUGGUGAUUGUUGGAACACUUGUGCCAAACUUAGUUUCUUACGUUUAAUUUAAACUAUGCAUCUUAUUUUGUAGUGAUUAUUUAAAACACUUAAAACAGAAAUUCAGCAUCAGUAAGGCAAAAUAAAGCUGUAAUUCCCAAUA